UUAGUUUACGAUAAUAUGGAGUUAGACGACUAUUUCUUGUGUAACUUCGACAAUAAAACAAAAGAUGUAAAGAUGAUAAAGGAAACCCAAUCGGAGCCAUUUUCCAGUAAUGAACCUCAUGCUGGCUGGAUCAUCAAAUCAGUAGUGUUAGUAGUGAACACUGGUCCUACUGACACCCUGGCCCCACCGCAGUGCCAGUCAACGAGCCCUUCUUCCUGCACGCGUGCGUACCACCUCGCUGACAGGUGGGGCCUCAACCGCUUUCCCCAGACCCCUCGGCCUGCUCCUAAUCCAACCUCCAAAACCGUACUCCCCUCCUGCUCGCAAUCACUGACAACCAUGCCCCACCGCGUCGCCGCCCUCUUCCUCCUCCUCCCACUCGCCGCCGGCGGCGCAACGGGGGAAGCGACCGAGCCGGUGGCGCAGGCAGGUGUGGUGUCGGAGGCCACGCUGCUGAAGAGGCACGCGGCGCAGCUCGCGAGGCUCGAGGAGCUCACGGAGUCGCUCGCCAGGUCCGUCCACGCGCUCGAGUCCGCGCUCGCCAGAUCCGCAGAGCCAGAUCCCCCGCCGCCGGGCACUUCGGCAGCGGUGGUCGGCGACCGGCGCCCCCCGCUGGGCGUGGCGGUCACGAAGCGCCAGCCGGUCUGGUCGGAGCGCUUCCACUUCGCGGCGGCAGUGCGGCUCGGGGACGGCGCGUACGUCGCGGCGGCGGCCGCGCUGCCCUUCGAGGACGCGGACGGGCUCACCAAGUACUUCGCCGUCGGUGACUCCCGCGGCCGCGUCUUCGUCUUCUCCGCCGCGGGGGACGCGCUGCUCGAGCUGGAGGCCGCCGCCUCCGGCGAGUCCCAGGUCACCGCGCUCCUCGCGUACCUCUCGCCUCGCCGCACCGACUGCCUCCUCUUCACCGGCCACGCCGAUGGCUCCAUCGCCGCUCACCGGCUCAUCGAGUCGUCCCCGCACGGCGACGACUGGCUAACUCUCGCCGCCGCGUCCUCCCGCCUCCUCGUCCGUGGCCUCGAUGCCUCCCCCGUGAUCCACCUCGAGGCCCACCACGCUGGCCGCGCACGCUACGUGCUCUCCUGCGACGCCAGCGGCCGCAUCCGCGUCUUCACCGAGAACGGCACGCUCUACGGGACCGCCAUCGCCUCGUCAACGCCUCUCGCCUUUGUAAAGCAGCGCCUUCUCUUCCUUACAGAAGCCGGAGCCGCCUCCCUCGACCUCCGCUCCAUGUACGUCCGCGAGACACCCUGCGAGGGCCUUGCUGAAGCGCUCAAUGGCACCCGCGUCAAGGCCUACUCCUUUGACCCCUCUGAGCGCUUCAAGGCCUAUGGCUUCACCGAAGCCGGCGACCUCGUGCAUGUCCUGCUGCUUGGUGAUGUUGCCAGCCUCAAAUGCCGGGUCCGUGCCGUCAAGAAAUCUGAGAUCGAUCUAGUCACGAUACAGACGAUCAAGGGUUACCUCUUGGUGGCAAGCCAAGAUAAGAUCCUUGUGUACAACACCUCGUCUCAGUAUUAUGGGAGGGUUGGUGCGCCCAGACCGCUCUUUGCCACAAGCAUCAAGGACAUCAAAUCUGUGUUUGAGGGUUCUGGUGGCGUGCUGCCCACUCCACCAGCUGGGAAGCCUGUUAUUGCGGCAGACCGUGAGAAGCUCGUGAUCUUGGGUCUCGGUGAUGGCCACAUUGCCAUCUAUCGGUCCAACUUCCCAGUGUACAAGCCUGAGAGCAAUGCUGUGGUGUGGAGUGGUCCGGCGCUGCUUUUCCUAUUGUUCUUGAUUGGCAUUUGGCAAGUAUAUGUGAAAAAGAAGGAUCCAUUGGAGUGGACACCAGAGGAGACAUUUAACACCUCUAUAACAGCUCCGACAGGGAGCCUUUUGAAUCCAACUAGUGACCGAGGCUUUGCAGAUAGCACUACAAGAACUGGUGAUCGAGGCUAUGUGGAUGGAACAUCUAGAGCCAGUGAUAGAAGCUAUGUAGAUGCCACUACAAGAGCUACAGACCGAGGCUAUGCUGAGGCUGGUAGGGCUGUGGAUCUACGUGGCGGAGCGUUGAGAAGUGCUCCAAGAAGGUAUGUGUCCCCUACUAGAUAUGCAGGAACAACUGGAAUUCAAUACCGACCUGCUUCGGUCGAAUCUGGGCUUAGAGUCACCCCAGAGCUGAAGUACCGAGGCCCAGGUAUGGAGCCCCCUGGUUUCCCCAAGAAACGGGACACAUUGUUCUCGAACAACCAGGCUGUAGUAGAUGAUCAUGUUGAUUGAGGGUUUGGCUAGGUCGCUGUAGGCAGCCCCCUAAAUUUUGAUCUGGUUUUGAAGAUCCUUUUGGAUGCCAGUGAUCUACAUAUGUGGUGUUGUAUGUUGUAACUCAAAAGAAUGUUGUUUUGUACUAGUAUGUUACAGCCAUUUAAAUAUGAUGCUGCAAUUGGUGAAAUAA